CUAUGAAUUGUCAUUUUGUGCUGUCAGUGAAUUAAAUCGAAUAUUUUCUCUGUCCAAUAUUCAAUAGUUGCUCAAUAAGUACUGCGUUUGACCGUUUUUAGUUUUUACAGUUAUAUCCUUAUAUUAAAAAUAGGUAAAACCUUAUUGCUGACCGCAGAUUACCAUUGAGAUUUAAUUCAUUAAUUUUGUAAAAUUUGUGAACUUAUACAUUGCAAUUUGCGAUUAAGAGGUGUAGAUACUGAUGCAAUAAUGUGCUGGUUAUCAUGAAGCAGACCCUCAUCGGCCAUACAAGUGUCAAUGACUACUUGAUGAUGUACCUGGCAAAAUGGAAGCGGGUUGCUGUGAUACUACUCUUUGUGUGGAUUGUCGUCACAUACCUUGUCAUCUCACCGCUAAGGUGCAGCAAUGGCAUGUCAGACGACGAAGUUCUGGAGUUCCAGGAGCAGUAUAGGAGUCUAUCCUCGCAGUUGGAGUCACUCCGGCAGCAGCACAGCAACCUGAUCGCGCAGAUCAGGAAGUCUUCGGGGUUAAAUGGUAAUCUAAAAGACCUGGACCCGUCAUUGUUCGAAUCAGCUCAGGGUCCAAGUGAGGAGUAUGAGAAUCUCAGAAGACGUAUCUACUCCAACACGAAGGAGAUAUGGUACUACAUCAACCAUGAGAUAAGUAAACUUAUCGCGGAUGAGGUCAAGGUGGAGGCGCUGCAAGGGAUUUUGGAUCAAAUAGCUGAUAGAAAAAGGUCGUUGUUAUCAGACCAGCAGCAGCUUCCAGAAAUAGACGGGUACAAGGAAUGGAGGGAAAUAGAGGCUGCAAAUGUCAGCGAUCUGGUGCAGAGAAGGUUGAAGUAUCUACAGAAUCCAGCCGAUUGUAAAGACGCGAGGAAGGUUAUAUGCAACUUGAAUAAGGGUUGUGGUUUCGGUUGUCAGUUACACCAUAUUGUGUACUGUUUGAUAUUCGCGUAUGCGACCGAAAGGACCCUAAUACUAAACUCCAAGGGCUGGCGUUACAACAGUAAAGGCUGGGACUACGUGUUCCAUCCGAUCUCUGACAGCUGUACGACUGCGUUUGAUGAUAAAGUAAUGCCCUGGCCAGUGAGUUAUGACGCGAAGGUUGUGUCGUUGCCGUUCAUAGACUCAAUCUCUCAGAAGCCCAAGUUCCUGCCGCUCGCGAUACCGAAAGACCUCGCACAUAGGAUAGUGAGAUUCAACGGCGACCCUUCCUCCUGGUGGAUAGGUCAGAUGCUGAAGUACAUCCUGAAGCCUCGCGACAGCAUGCAGAAGGCCAUCAACGAGACCAUUGCUAAUAUGAACUUCAAGUCGCCUAUAGUGGGGGUACACAUCCGGCGCACGGACAAGGUGGGCACGGAGGCCGCGUUCCACCACAUCCGCGAGUACAUGACGCACGUGCAGGACUACUACGACCAGCUCGAGCUGACCCGCGCCGUGCACACGCGUAGGGUCUACCUCGCCACGGAUGACGCUAAUGUGUUGGAGGACGCUCGCAAGAAGUACCCGGAGUACGAGUUCGUGGGCGACGCGUCCAUCGCGAAGACGGCGGCCACGCACCGCCGCUACACGCCGCUGUCGCUGGCCGGCCUGCUGGUGGACCUGCGCAUGCUGGCCAGCUGCGACUACAUCGUCUGCACCUUCAGUAGUCAGGUGGGUCGUGUGGCGUACGAGAUGAUGCAGGCGAACAGAGCGGACGCAGCGAAUAGCUACUUCUCUCUCGACGAUAUUUAUUACUUCGGCGGUCAGAACGCGCACGACCGCGCCGCGCUCAUGCCGCACGACGCGCACGCGCACGCGCAUGAUGAGAUAUCCUUCCAGGUGGGAGACCUGAUAGGUGUUGCCGGUAACCACUGGAAUGGUUUCGGUCGCGGCACUAACAAGAGAACUAAUUUGAAUGGUCUAAUCCCCUGGUACAAGACCGCGGAUCAUCUCGUACUCUACCCCUUCCCUGAAUACAAGCAAGUGCCUUUGUACAGUGAUACACGACAGAAAGGAUCCAAAUGAAAUAACUUCAAAUUAUCUUUAAACUUCAAUACAAUAUAGACUUUAUGUCAGAGUUGUUAAAGUUCAAAUUCGUGAAUUGUUGACUCCAUUCCAUUCUGUUAUUUUGACUUCUAUUGUUAUACGAUUGUGUGCUUUAUGGCUGUUGAAAUUGGUAACAAUUUUCACGCGAGUGUUAGGAAAAAUGUAUUCUCUAAUGAAAUAAGGUAAUGCCUAAUCAUACCAAUUUAGAUGGAUGGAUGUUUGUUAGAGUUUGUAGCCUAAACUGCUGAACGGAUUUCGAUAAAAUUUUACAUACAUGU